GUCGCGCAGCGCCGCCGGAGGCUGCUGUGUGGGCCGCGGGCCGUGCCCGGAGCCGUGCCGCGGUGAGCCCCGCCGGGCGGAGCGCGGCCCCAUGGGCGGCGGGCGGUGAUCCCCGCCCUUCCCCGCCCCGCUCCCGCAGCGCCAUGGAGGAGGAGAGCAUGGAGGAGGAGGGCGGCGGAGAGCCCAUGAUGGACGACCAGAACCACAACAACUGGGGCGCCGGCGGCUACGGGCGGCACCUGCUGGGCUCCGCCGCAGGGCAGCUCGGUGACCGCUUCCUACGCGAGGCCGCCGCCGAGAGCUCGGCCGGGAGCGACCUCUCCGAGGCCAACGGCAUGCUGCAGGGCUGCGAGCCGGGGGGCGCCUCGUGCAAGGGGGGAGCCGGAGCCAUCGCCGCUGCCAUCAACAUCAACGCCUCGACCUCCAAGUUCCUAAUGAAUGUUAUAACAAUUGAAGACUAUAAGAGCACAUAUUGGCCAAAGUUGGACAGUGCCAUAGAUCAGCUUCUAACUCAGAGUCCUGGUGACUACAUCCCUAUCUCCUAUGAACAAAUAUACAGUUGUGUGUAUAAGUGUGUAUGCCAGCAGCAUUCGGAACAGAUGUAUAGUGACCUAAUAAAAAAGAUAACUAACCACUUAGAGAGAGUCUCAAAGGAGCUGCAGGCCAGCCCUCCAGAUCUCUAUAUUGAAAGAUUUAACGUAGCUCUUGGACAGUAUAUGGGAGCAUUGCAGAGCAUUGUGCCUCUUUUCAUAUAUAUGAAUAAAUUUUACAUAGAAACCAAGCUUAACAGAGACUUAAAAGAUGACCUUAUAAAGCUGUUUACGGAACAUGUUGCAGAAAAGCACAUUUACAACCUAAUGCCUUUACUUUUGGAAGCUCAGUCAACGCCCUUUCAAAUAACUCCUUCAACCAUGGCAAAUAUUGUGAAAGGCCUGUAUACACUACGACCAGAAUGGGUACAGAUGGCACCAGCUUUGUUUUCUAAGUUCAUCCCAAAUAUUCUUCCGCCUGCUGUGGAAUCUGAGCUUCAGGAAUAUGCUGCUCAAGACCAGAAACUUCAGAGAGAGCUUAUGCAGAAUGGAUUUACUAGAGGUGACCAGUCACGCAAGAGAGCUGGAGAAGAGUUAACUUACAAUGGCUCAUCAACUUGUGCAAGCACCAGAGGGUACAGAUAGUGAAUAUACUGGAUCAGCUUCUAUUCCUAGCCAGAACAGACACUGGAGGAGCGCAGGUGGUAUCCGGAGCCUCCUUUGGCAACUGCUGAUACUCGAGCUCUGACACGAGCUAUGCCUCAAAGAAGAGUUUUGGACUUUCUUCUUUAUAUAGUAAAAUGUCAGUUGCUGCUACAAUUGGGAUGACUUUGAAAGACAUGUUUCCUUGGUCUAGCCUAUCGACAAGUUCAUGUUCUGUGAUUUUUUUCUGUGAGGAAUGCACCUUGAAAAACAAUCCUUUCAAAGUGGAAACGGGCAGCGAAAUCAGCAGCUUCCAAAAGCGUUAGAAUGGAAGAAUCCUUUUUGCACUCUUUUCGUAAUAUUAAGGACGUUCUUAAAACUAGUUAACACAUCAGUGUAUUAGUUUUUAAACUUCAAGGUAUUUUCUGGAGCUUUUACUUAAUAAGAAUAAAGUUUCAUUAUUUUACAGUA